GACACAGAUAAUUGGAGAGAGAUAGUAUUUUGGUUUGUCAGCUCGUUGGUAAAUCAUACAUCAGACAUUGUUUCCUGUCUCUUUCUGAGGUUUAUAAAAAUGGCCCGAGAAACAAAUGCAAAUGGGGACAAUUUUCCGGGAUCUUUUCUGUCCGAUCUCGCCGAAAUUUUAUCUAUAGUUCACCAGGACGGGAACAAAAUGAUUACGGAUGCGCUAUUUUUAGGGGAAAUAACUAUCUUAAAACAAGUUAACAAUCGCCUACCCGAAGGACCGUUCUCAGAGAGUCACAUUGUCGGAUCAGCGGGCGAAGGUGUGCCGAGUUUGGACAUUUUUUCCAACGAGUCUGACGUGGAUAUCAUGGCGGUAGCGAGGUCAUGGUUUGUAUUUGAAAGACAUGCACCAGAGAAAGCACGAGAAAAUAUUCAGUGCCUGCAAUUCGACGAUUCGGACACGCUACCAGGGUACGUGAAGCUGAAACUGAUUCAGGAAGAUAGCAACCGUUCAACUGAAGAAGUUCCACUAUUUCUAUCAAGCUCUGAAGUACGGAACAAUGUGUUUGAUAUAAACAGAGACCUUUCUUCUGAUCACAUGUACAGUCAAAUGUCUCGACUGCUGGGACACAAAUUGUCCAUCAGCUGGUUUUCCAAUGGCCCGUCGUUUUCAGCAAGUAUUGAAACAGACGACCAAAACGUGCUCACUCGUGGGCUGGCACAUGUCAAGUCGGUUGACUCGGUGGUUGCAUUAAAGUGUAGAGAGUGGCCAAAAAUCGCGGAGGAGUGGAUUGAAAGAAGAAGAGAGUUUGACUGGCCAGGUGGUGCGCUCAUAGAGGAAGCAGUCGAGAAGGGCUGUUACUUGGUACCGAUCGGCGGCCAUCAAAGUCAGUGCGAGGAAUUGGAAUGGCGAAUCUCUUUUGUUCUUGCUGAACGAUUGCUUAUCAGAAAUAUGAAUUUUAUACAACGUUUUGUGUAUGCGAUAUUAAAAACAAUUCGAAAGGAGAUAUUUGGGCAUUUUUCUGCUAUCAUUUCUUCAUAUAUUAUUAAAACAGCGGUUCUUUGGGUGUCAGAAGAAAACGAUGUUUCAAAUUGGGAACCUGGAUUUGUGCUUAGAUAUGUGAGGUUGUGUUUUUUGAAGAUUUUGAACUUUCUUCAGGUCGGCUUUUGUCCAAACUACUUCAUGAGGAAAUGCAAUUUACUUCAAGCUAAAUACUCUGAAAAUGAAAGGUUGGGGCUGAUAUAUGUUAUUACAGAUUUUGUUAACCCUUCGAGAUUUCUUAUUACAAUUAACAUUUUAAAAUCAAUCGACAAUAUUCGACGAUAUAUGUACAAUUAUUUAAAAAUGGCUCGUUCACAUCUAAGUUUGAUCAGGAAUAUUCGGAAUGAGGCAGCCUUCAGAUUUAGUUCAGAAGAUACAAUAAACCAGUUUAUGGACAACGUUUUCAACGGCCAGGAGGAAGCCUUCCCCGAGGUCGCCAUUCAAACCCUGUCUCUAUUGCUCACUCUGGUGAAAAAGAACUCGGACAACUUGUCUUUGACACUGAAAGAAACGAUGAUAGAAAUUUUAUCAUGUUUGCAAAUUCGGACUGCGAGUUCAGUCACCUUUAGAAAUUCUGGCCCGUUAACGUUGCAACAACGGCUUGAAAUACUCAAACGUUUAUUGAACGACUCCAAAUUGCAGGUGCCGAAUCUCUCCGUUGGAGGAAUAACACAAGUAGCGCAUGCGUUCUUUUCGUUUGGGUGCAUCGAACACUGUUUGGAAUUGCUGUUACCAAUGUUAGAGACGAGUCGUUCAAAGCCACAAGUUAGAAUGAACAGCUAUAUAUCACUUUUUUACCUGAUACUAGCGAAUGUGUGUAAUGGAGACAUGGCUGAUUCUCGCCCGGCUAUCAACAUUCAAUUCUACCCCUUUGAGUUACCAUUGCUUACUAAUGAUAUCCGUUUUGAGGCCCUGGUGUUGAAAUUUCAACAGGAGCUUUAUUCGAGAAGGGCUGUAGGAAUGCAACAAUUUCAUUUCAACUUAACGCUCGACCCAUUGGUGUAUGCUUGCUACAUGAAAUUUAAAUGCAAGCGUCUUGUUGGAGACAACAUUGGAUCGUGUCUGGCACUCAAGGAGUUUGAAGAAAUGGUUUUCAGUGGAGUUUCUCAUAGAUAUGUAGCACUUAGUCUACUUGGAUGCUGCCUCUAUGAAAAUGGACACAAAGAGAAGGCGGUAUCAAUGUUUGGAAUGUCAAUCCGGGAGAAUAAGGAGAGAAUGGCAACGUACUAUCAUAUCGCCAUAUUGCUUAAUCGUGAAAUAAGCUCAAAUACUUUGAUAGCCUGAAAAAUUAAAUUAAUACUUCCAUGUCUUGAAAAAGUACCAUUUCAAAAUGCAGGAUAUUGCGAAAAGGGAUGACGGAUCUAGUUUUAAUUAAAGUGUCAACUGAAUAGCACA